CACAGCGAACCGCACUUGACAGCUUGCCAGGUUAGAGGAGAGGGAAAAAACAUACCAUUCAAGGGAGGAAACCAGACCUGCUGAAUUUCCACCAGCCAGCCGUCGUCCGCAUCCACCCGAGAUGACAGCGUAACCGGGGCAGAAAACUGUUAAGGUACCAAAAUACAGCCGCUUUGUUGAAUAGGAUCUGUUGUGAUUGGACAUGAAUUCGGCGGAACAGACGGUUACAUGGUUGAUUACGCUCGGGGUGCUGGAAUCGCCGAAGAAGACCAUCUCGGAUCCUGAAGCAUUUCUGCAGACCUCCCUGAAAGAUGGGGUGGUCUUGUGUAGACUGCUGGAGCGGCUCAGCCCGGGGUCCACGGAGAAAAUUUACCAAGAACCGAAAAACGACGGCGAGUGUUUGAGCAACAUAAAGGAGUUUCUCAAGGGCUGCACAUCGUUUCGCGUCGAGCCAUUUGAGGCCAGUGACCUGCUGCUGGGACUGAACUUCUCAAAGGUGCUGAGCAGUCUGGUUGCUCUGAAUAAAGUGACUGCAGAUAUUGGUGUGGGCAGUGAUUCAGUGUGCGCCCGACACUCUUCAGCCCAUCGCAUCAAGUCAUUUGAGUCCCUGUCCUCUCAGGCUUCACUGGGCCGAUCUUCCAAGCUGAUGCAGAACCAGUUUCGCAGUCUGGAUAUGUCUGAAAACAGUGGACAGCAGCUGCUGGUGAGGGCACGUUUCAACUUCCAGCAGACCAACGAGGAUGAGCUCACCUUUGCCAAGGGUGACAUCAUCAGUGUGACUCGUCAGGAGGACGGCGGCUGGUGGGAGGGCAUGCUCAAUGGCAGGACUGGGUGGUUUCCUAGUAACUAUGUUCGCGAGGUCAAAGGCUCUGACAAACAAGUGUCCCCCAAGUCUGGCACUCUUAAGAGCCCACCUAAAGGCUUUGACACUUCUGCAAUCAGCAAGACGUACUAUAACUUGGUGUUGCAGAACAUUUUAGAAACGGAGACAGAAUAUUCUAAAGACCUUCAGAGCCUCUUGACGAACUACCUGCGACCUCUUCAGAGCAUCGACAAACUGAGCAGCUCAGAUGUGGCUCUGAUUUUGGGCAACCUUGAAGAGAUCAGCACCUUCCAGCAGAUGCUCGUCCAGUCGCUGGAGGAGUGCACCAAGCUUCCAGAGAGCCAGCAAAGGGUGGGAGGCUUCUUCCUCAACCUCAUGCCACAGAUGAAGGCUCUUUAUGCCGGUUACUGCUCCAACCACCCCUCUGCAGUUAAUGUGCUCACCCAGCACGGUGAAGUACUGGGGGAGUUUAUGGAGGGGAGGGGGGCAGUCAGUCCUGGGAUCCUCACCCUGACCACAGGCCUCAGUAAACCCUUCAUGAGACUCGACAAAUACCCCAACUUACUCAAAGAGCUGGAGAGGCACAUGGAGGAGAGCCAUCCUGACCGGCCAGACAUUCUGAAGUGCAUGGCGUCUUUCAAAAAUCUAUCUGCUCAGUGUCAGGAGGUGCGGAAGCGUAAGGAGCUGGAGCUGCAGAUUCUCACCGAGUCCAUCCGGUUGUGGGAGGGGGAUGACAUUAAGACCCUGGGCUCUGUGCUCUACAUGAGCCAGGUCUUAGUUCAAAGUCCUGGCUCCGAGGAGAAGAGUGAGCGUUACCUCAUGCUCUUCCCUCACAUCCUCCUCAUGCUGUCUGCCAGCCCCAGGAUGAGUGGCUUCAUAUUCCAGGGAAAAUUGCCCCUGGCCAGCAUGACAGUGACCAAACUAGAAGACUGUGAAGCCCAUAAAAACGCCUUUGAACUCAAUGGCACCAUGUUUGACCGUCUCCAGGUAGUGUGCACCAACCAGCAGGACCUGCAGGACUGGGUGGAACACCUGACCAGACAGAUUAAGCACACUGCAGCCACAGCACCCAGCCACAAACCACUCACUGUUCCCUGCCACACGCUACCAUCUCACCCUCUCACCCCAUCCCGGCAUGCUGAUGGGAGGGCCAUGACAGUGGCUCCCACCUACCACACCCUGCCUCACCCAUCUUCCCAUGGAACGUCUCACAGCACCCUGAUGUGGGGUCCACUGGAACCACCCAACACCCCCAAACCCUGGAGUCUGAGCUGUCUGCGGCCUGCACCCCCUUUACGGCCCUCUGCAGCUCUCUGCUACAAGGAGGAUCUUAGUAAAAGUCCUAAGAGUGUGAAGAAACUCCUUCCCAAGCGCAAGCCGGAGAGGAAACAGUCUGAGGAGGAAUUUGCCUUGAGGAAAAGUACAGCUGCUCUGGAGGAAGAUGCCCAAAUCCUGAAAGUUAUUGAGGCAUACUGCACCAGUGCCAAAACCAGGCAGACUCUUAACUCCAGGCCGCGAAGGGAAACCGGGCCGCAUGUGAUCAUCCCUGGUGAGAAGAAAGUCCCGUUGGAGGAUCCCAGUCGCAAUGGACAAAGUGCAGUGGAAGAAAAGAGCGUGGUGGAUGUGGUGUACGCCCUGAGGGACGAGGUCCAAGAGCUGAAACAGGACAACAAGAAGGUCAAGAAGUCAUUGGAGGAGGAGCAGAGAGCACGGAAGGAUCUGGAAAAGGUCGUGAGGAGGGUGUUGAAGAGCAUGAACGACCCAACAUGGGAUGAGACAAACCUUUGAGGAUCUCCAUCUGAAGCUUUGAAAAGAGAAAAGAAAGUGUCACACACGUUAUUUAAAGAU